UUGCUGAACCUGGAAAGAUUGGUGACAAGUCUCCCUCCCCGCCCCACCGACGCUGUUUAGUUUUUAAUGGUGUCACAGCACAGGUAUCUCAUGAACUAGGCCACUUCAGAACACCAUGUCGUGGCUUCUUUUAAUAAGUUCAGCGCUUUUGAUAGCGCUGACUUCAUCACAGAGUGGGGGUCCGCCCAGAGAGGAAAAUUGUUUGAUAGACUCCACUGCUGGAUGCUCAUAUGCCAGAGCCCCUCAAUACCUGAUUAUAGCCCCUAAGAAAAUCCGGCCUAACCAGGUUUUCCAAGUGUUUGCUACCAUUUUGAGAAUGGAGUAUAAUCAAGAGUUUGUUCAUGUUAUUGUGUCUAUCAUCAAAGGGGAUACAGAAUAUGCCAACACUGCCAUGCGCUUUGAUAGGCCAAGCAGUCGUAUCAUGCAACUGCAGAUGCCCUCCAAUGCUCCUGAUGGGCAGUAUCGUAUCAGAGUUGAAGGACGCUUAAAUGAACAAGACACAGGCAAUAUCUGGGCAAAUGAAACAGAUAUUGACUUCAGCACCAAGCAGGCCUCACUGUUUAUACAGAUGAGCAGACCUUUGUACAGACAAGGCCAAAUGGUACAUUUCCGGGUUAUCCCCAUUCUGCCAAACAUGAUGCCCAAAUAUGGAAGCAUGAUUGUAUAUAUUGAUGAUCCAACUGGGAUACCAGUUAGAAGGUGGCAGGGAUUACAAACAAACGCUGGUGGAAUUGUAAGUCAGAGUUUUGUUCUGUCUGAUCAGCCCAACUUUGGAACCUGGAAUAUUCGUGUAGAUGCUUUUGGCCAUGUGUACAGACACCCAUUUGUGGUGGAGGAUUUUUGGGAACCACGCUUUGAUGUAAAUGUCACUGUUCCACCCUAUGUUAUGGAGACACCUGAAAUCAAAAUUAGAGGAGUGAUGCUAGCAAAUCACACAAGUGGUCGGCCAUGUGUUGGUAACGCUUCAAUUACUGCCUUCUUCCGCCCCCGUGAGGAGAUAUGGAACGCCACAAAAGGGUGGGAAAAACCUUACUGGGAUGCACAAAAAUCUGGAAAACAACAGUCAGGGGUACCUGUGAAUGUGCCCGAUUACAGACCAGUUUCUGAAAUACCAGUCAAAGACUUCCACAUGUAUUUUGCUUAUGAAUACAGAUUCAUUAAAUAUUACACUGGUAGAAUAGAUUUUGAGUGGAGUCUUGAAGAACUAAUGACCAUCGCUAAGAGGGGAGGUGAAAGUGGCUCCCUCGUAGAUAGUGAAUUUGUUUUCUUUGCUAACGUGUCGGAUUGGUACUCUGGUCUGAAUCGCACUGGAUGGGCAGGGACUAUCAUGUUUGAUAACAAAUACAAGCUGAAGUGGGUUGGUGAGGCAGUCCGGACAUUCAAACCUUCAUCUAUUAUGAAAAUACAGGUGGCUAUCACAAAAUAUGAUGGCACACCUGUUGACACAGGUGGUACCAUCACCUUGACCGAUGUCAUUACUGACAACUCAGGAACAAGUGGCAGACUCUCAGGGCCUCAGACAAGAACACCUAUAAAUGGAAUAGCAGAGUUUGAGUACACUCUAGGAACAAACACACAGAAUGUGUUGCUCACAGCAACCUUUUUGGAUGCUCGAAAGCCUUACAGUGGAAGCAAUCAGAUCUACCUCGAUCCAAAAUUUAAUAUUGGAACUGUGCCUUCUAUCACUCUGCGUGCUUGGCGUUAUUACUCUCCUACCAACUCAUACAUUACCAUUUUGACUUCAACUGAUAGCCCUCAGGUGAAUGAGUACAUGAUUUUCCAUGUGAAAACAAGCAGCUUUGUGCCUAGAAUUUACUAUCAGAUUGUCUCACAAAGCAACAUCGUCAUUGGAGAUCAGAUUGAGAUGACCUCUCGACAGAAGACGUUUGCUAUUUCAUUGUCUAGAGAGAUGGUGCCAAAUGCUCGUCUUGUUGUCUACUACAUUAGACAGCCUGAAGAGAUAGUCACAGAUGUCCUCAAUUUCUUUGUGAAUGGAACCAGACAAAACUUGGUGACACUUGGCAUUAACAGAGGCAAAGAUUUCAGCCGCGACACUAUUGAAUUCAAUGCCUACGCUGACCCCGGCUCAUACGUUGCCUUUAGCGGGAUGUUACUUGACCAGUACAGCCGUGGGCUGAGUGAUGGCAUCACUGAAAACAGGCUGAUUGAUGAACUUUUGACCUAUGAUGCAACUACCAAUGGAAGCUACCGCCAUUUAUGGAGAGUCAGUGACACUGAAUAUGAGUACAAUUUUUUCCAUGGCCCAGAUUAUGGUGUUGACACCAACACAAGUUUUCUUAGUGCAGGUUUGCUUGUCUUAACUGAUGCAAGGGUACCAAGACUCUUCAAUGAACAGUUUUGUCGUGUCAAUCAGAAGGCUAGCCCCUGCUUCUCUGGUAUUGAAGGAGAGUGCUUUACAGAUGAACAGAAAUGCAAUGGCAAAUGUGACUGCACAAAUGAUUGUGGUGAUGAAUGGGGCUGUGUGGAGCCAGAUAUAUCACAGAAACAUCUUUCUGCCAUGGAUAGAGUCAGCAGGGUGAUGCGCUUUUAUGACAACAGUUCUUGGGCCUGGCAGGAGAUCUUUGUCAAGCCAGAUGGCAGAGUUGAUUUCCGUGUGGAUGUCCCCAAAUAUCCAUUGUCCUGGGUCAUCAAUGGUGUGUCAGUGAGCAGAGAACUGGGUCUUGGUAUAAUGUUGAAGCCUGUUAGGUAUGACGCUGCUCGCUACAUGUACAUGCAAGUUGAGCAUCCCCAACAUAUUAUCAGAGGGGAACAAAUUGGUGUCAGGGUCACUGUCUUCAACUACUGGUACGACGAUGACUAUCUUGAGGUUCUGAUAACUAUGCAUGGAAAUGAUGACUUUGAGUUUGUCACUGUUGGUGAGAUGGGCUAUGUCACUUCCUACACACCACCUACUCACAAAGGAGACCAUCAGACAAUCCUGUUUUUGGAGCCAGGUGAAUCUAGAGAUAUUUACAUGCCUAUAGUGGCUAGUAAAGACAUGGUGAGAGGAAUUCUUCAAUUUAGAGUCUCAGCCACUUGUUUUAUGCAGAAAGAUGAGUACAAUGGCACUAUGUAUGUGAAGCCUGAUGGUGUGAUGAACUACUACCACACGCCCUACCUGAUUGAUUUGAUCCGUUACGGGUCUAUCAAAAUCCCCCAGUAUGACAUCCCCGUGCCUGAACAGUUCAGGAAGCUUGAAGUCAGGUGGAACUUGUACAUCUCUCAGUCCGCUGAGGCCAAGGUCUCCCUCUUUGGUGAUGUGGUGACACCUGGAUUCUUUGAGGACUAUUUACAUGCUGAAAACACCAUAUUAAGGCCUUAUGGUGGAGGUGAAAUGAUCACUUACAAUUUUGCCUACAAUCUUUUGACACUGAAGUUUAUGAAAGCAUCACAGCAGCUUCCUGAUGAUCAGUUAGUGAAAUCUUUGAGGGAGAUGAAUGUUGCUCUGCAGCGUAUACUUGGUUACAUGAACCCUGAUGGUUCCAUGAAGAUGUUCAGAGAUGAUCAUAGGCCCAGUUUAUGGCUCACAGCCUUUGUGGCCAAAACUGUGGAUGAGGCCAACUUUGGAGAGUGGGAGCGAGAUCUUUUUAUCCCCCGUGAGCUGAUUAACAAGUUGGUUCUUUACAUUUGCUCUCGUCAGAAUGAUACAACUGGAGCCUUUGAACCUGAUGAAAAUGAUGUCACCUAUGACAGGAAAAUGACUCUUGUAUCAGGACUGAAAGAUGACAAACUUCAUUCACAUCCAGUCCCACUGACAGCUUAUGUUUUGAUUGCCCUGUAUGACGUGCAGCAUUCAUCAGAGGAAGCAGCUGCUUGCAUUGACACUGCUAGAAGAAAGGCUGCAGAUUAUUUAUUCAACCAAGUGCCAAACAUCAAAGAAGUUUUCCACAUGGCUAUCACCACCUACGCUCUCACUCGCAGUCCCAGAAGAAGCCCCUUCGACCAGCUAUGGGCCAUGAAAAGAAAUGACUCUGACUUCAUGUACUUUGCCGAGGAUAUUGUUUACCCAAAUCCCUUUGACUUCCUCAACAACGUGAGGUACAUCAAACCAAGGCAGGAGCUGAUGAACGACGCCUACUCUGUCCAGUCCACGGCAUAUGCCCUCAUGGCACACAUCAACUACAACAGUGGCUUGAAGGUCCACAGAGAGAUGAUGAUGUCCUGGCUUUGUACUAUGAGAAAUUCUAUUGGUGGCUUUGCUUCAACACAGGAUACCAUUUUGGCCAUGGAAGCUUUGUUCAAGUUCACCCAGAUUGACCCCCAUCGUAAUGUCUAUGACUUAACCACCACGAUUGAAUCCACGGCUUCUCCAAACUGGCAGAGUGUUUUCACUCUACAGAAACUUGACUAUAUUAGCUUGAAAUCUGCUCCAUUGCCAUAUGAUCGUGUAUGGGGAUUUAUUGUCCCUGAUGCUGUUGGUACAGGAAGAGCCAUGCUUCAGCUAACAACAACAGUGAAUGUUGAAUACGAUUUUCUGCAAAAAAUGCCGAUGCAUGUCGAGAACGAUAUGAGCCAAGACGUAAUCAAGUUUUUUGCCCUCUAUCCAGAUGUGGUUAGAUUCAGUGGCAGGAACGACUCUAUUUUUGAGAUGACACCUUGUGUGAGUUGGUUGUACACUGAAAAAAGCAAGACCUCCGGCCUAACUGUGCUGGAAAUUGACAUCCCUACUGGGUAUGUUGUGAUGAACGACACUCUGAGAGAUUACGUCAAAUCGGGGGUGGUCCCCAAUCUGAAGAGAGCUGAGCACUACCAGAGAAAAGUCGUCUUCUACUUCGACUAUCUUGAUGAAAGCAAGACUUGUGUUUACUUCCGAGCUGACCGAUGGUACCCUGUUGCCAAUGCCACAAUCCAGCACCGUAUGAGGGUGUAUGACUACUACGAACCAGGCAUGCAUAAUACAACAAUGUAUACUACAAGAAACUUGUUCCUGCUCAACAUUUGCUUUGUGUGUGGGUCCUACCAGUGCCCCUAUUGUCCUUACUUUAAUGCAGCAGCUAUAGCCAGUGCUAGUGUCAGUGUUGUAUUUUUGUUGGCUGCUGUGUUUGUUGUUCAGCGAUUGCUACUUCGGCCCAGAUAGUUGCAUAAAACAUAUCCCAUUUUGUUAUAUUUUAAUAAAAUUAAGAAAGAAAAAAUAUCUUCUUAUAAGUAAAUUGAGAUUCAAAUUUUUUUUUCAAAUCAAUUUUCAACAAUAUUCAAACUAAAAAUAUUUUAAAGAUUUUUUUAUUUUCUUGCAUUCAGUUCUGUCUUUUAUAAAAAUGUUCACAAAUAUAUACCAAUUUAUUUCUAUACUCAGUCCUGAAAUUCUGAAUCAUUAUUUACAUUGUUUUACCACAUUGUAUUGGGCUUACUGUUCUCCACUUAUUUUUCACUAAACGUCAGUUCUAAAUAUAAAAUUAAUAUUUUGUUAAUACCACAGCAUAAUUCUUAAAAAUUCUUUUUAAUAACCGGUAGAUAUUUUUCUUUAAACCAAUAUCUGCAGCAACGUAUGUGAUUUCAUAUGGCUUAAAAAAUGGAGUUUUAAUCUCAGCACAAUUAAAAUUUAAUUUUUUCUUUUACGUCAUGACUAUACAAUUUUGAUUAUUUGAGUGUAAAAUGAAUGUAUUGAUCACACUUUCUCAAACAAAUCAUCUCAGCAAAGAAACAGAUCUGAAUUUUUUUUAAGCAUAUCAAUAGAUGGCAACAUUAGUUCAGGUCUCUGGUUAUAUACAUUCCAUUUACAUGUUUUGUAUGUUUUUUUGUAUAUUACUGUAUAUAAAAAUACAUUUUUCUAUACUGAGUACAUUCCUUUUAUAAAUAUAAAAUUGUAUUAACAAAAUGUAUGUAUAGAAAUCAUACCAUAUAAUGAACAUCAGGCAUGUUGAAACCAUAGAUCUGUUUCAUGAUGAAUUGUGUGAUUCUAAAUCCACUGUACAUAAUGAGUGAAUGUGUUAGUUAAUGGAAUCAAAUUGGCAGCAAGAUUGUUUGAAGUUGAUAUAAAUAAAAGAAAAUGUGACUAAACUGAUGUCUGUUUGACUUAACAUUUUUUUUAAAUUCAACUCAAACUAUAAAUAGUAUCAAGAACAGAAUGGAAAAAUUUGCUGACUGUGUUUGAUCAGGCUGAAUAUACUUUUUGUUGAAUGGGUUUGCCUUAUUGUUUGUGAAUAAGUAAAAAGAUAAUUUUUUUAGAAGAAACAAAUUUUGUAAAUAUUUAAAUGUAUAUACAUGACUUUCUCAUUUUCUCCAGGGAUAUCUUGUAACUUAUGUUUUAAAAAGAAAAAAAACAUGGUUUUAUUUAGCAUAGGUUUACUCAGGAUCUGUAACUGUAAGAAAUAGUACUUUUCUUAUUAAAACUUUACUGUAAUUAUAAAAAUAGAUAUGCUAAACACUGGAAAUAACAAAUAAAAAUGAGACCAUAAUAUGAUAGUUUCUGUUCUGCAGUUCUAGUACAUAAUGGUAAAAUUAUUUGUUGUUAAUGUUUUUGCUUAAAAAUCUUUGUAAACCUUGUAAUAAAUAAUGUCACCUCAAGAAAUCUGACAGUACAUACCCUGUAGUUUAUUGAAUCUUUUUUUUUUAAGAAAAUGUACCAUUUAAAGAAUAAUAAAAAUGAUAAAAAUUUGAA